UCUAAUGAAAAUAAUAAUAUUAUUAACAGUUGAAUAAAAAAUAUUAAAAAUGGACAUGCAGUCGUUGUUUAUGAGUCAAGCUUCGUUUCUUAUUUUAGAUAAAUAUGAAAAUGAAUUUGAAACAAUCAGUAUUUUACAUAAUCUACCGGAGGAGAAAAGAAUAUCACAAACAGAUAUAUCGAAAGAUUGGUUGAGCUCAUUAAGUGUUAACGAGAAGGAAGACCAAAAUACAGCUGUUAAAAGCUCAGUUCACUACAGAGAAAUAGGGAAUAGAUUCUUUGCAUCAAACAAUGAAAGACGCAAUGUAGUAGCUGCCACUAAUUUAUAUACCAAAGCUAUUUUCGCUGCUCCUGAGAAAAGUGAAGCUCUUGCCUUAGCACAUGCUAAUAGGGCAACCGCUUUACAGGAACUAGGUUAUUACCAGCAAGCAUACGAUGAUUGUGAAUGCGCGCUAGAGGAAGGUUAUCCUUCGCAUCUCAUACACAAGGUAUUAACACGUCAAGCAUAUUGUGCAUGGAAAUUAAAAGAUGUUGAUCGACUAUCUACGCAUUUAGAUGCAUUAAGUGAAAAGAAGCUAAAUGAAAGUUUCAUGGACAAAUAUAAACAAUUGCGGAAUGGUUUAAAUGAAUUACUAAAAAAUAAAAAUACAGAAGAAUCAUCGAAGCAGUGCAAAGAAGUUGUAUUAGAAAAGAAAUCACAACAAAUCAAAACUUCACUUGACGAACGUGGACGGUAUAUGGUUGCCUCAGAAGACAUUGGUGAAAAUGAAGUAGUUUUUGUAGAACGUGCGCAGUCGAUUUUGCCCGUAAAUAGAUUUAAAAUUUGCCAGCAAUGCGCAGCAACCUUAAUAAUACCAUUUCCAUGUCGCUUCUGUUAUAUGCAAGUCUUUUAUUGUUCCUUAGAGUGCAAAAAACUUCAUAAAAACAUACACAGUUAUGAGUGCGUAGGUUAUCAAAAGCAGCUAUUUGGUCAUGUUGGCAUAGCACAUUUGGCUAUGCGUAUUAUGCUUGAGGGAUUGCCUCAAUUUGCAAGAAAUUUGGAAUGUACUAAUGCAAAGGAAAUAUGGGAAAGUCUAAUGAAUUCUAAUAACUUAAAAAACAUUGAAUAUGUUCAAAGUUUAAAUAUGAUUACCCACUUAGGAGAAAUGGCUAAAGGUGACAUUGUAUGGUUUGCUUUAGUAGCUGAUUUACUUGUGACUUAUCUCGACGAAUAUACAGAAUUUUUCAAUAAUUUUUCAAAGACUGCAGCUUGUUUAAGUGAUUGGAAAUUAGUGACUGGUGCACUUAUAUUACGACAUAUUGGUCAAUUAAUUGUGAAUGGUCACACAUUUUGUUCAAUUGUGGCUAUGCCUACUAAUCAGAACGACAAUAUGGAGUUUACCCUAUUAUCCGAUGACAUGUGGAAUGGAGCAUAUAGAUUGAAACUUGGAUUUUUACAUAAGUUUUGUAGUUAUGAGGAAACAGCUGCUGCGAACCUUCCAUACUUAAGUAUUUGCAAUCACGCAUGCAUACAAUCGUUCCAGUCAAAGUUUUCUGGACGUUAUGUCCAAACACACGCUACAAAUUUCAUUCCUAAAAACAAAGAGAUCUUUAAUUGUUAUACCCUGGACUAUCGGAAAUCAAAACAGAAACAUAGAUCUGAAGACUUGAAAGACGUAUAUAAAUUUAAGUGCAAAUGCAUAAAGUGUGACACUAAAAAUCCUGACAAAGACUAUGAAGCUUUUCAUCAAUAUCGAUGUGAAAAUACUGAAUGCCGUAAGAUAUUCGUACCAAAAAUGCCAAAUUCAAAUACACUUAAUUGGUGGGAUUCUAUUGAUGAGCUGGACUCUAAAAAUGCCAUCAAGUGUAGUAUAUGCCGCUCUAAACAAAGUUUUGAAUGGUUCAAUAUUAUUAAGAAUCUGUUGAAAGUAAUGUACUCCAGAUCAUCGAGGCACUUACUUUUUGAAACUUUCCGAAAAUUGGACAAUGUUUUAAUUGAUUAUCACGAAAUGAAAUUAUUUUUUGCUUAUGCAAUAGUAAGCGGCUGCUUCAAUUAUAUUGAUGGUAUUGGUGAUAACAGCGGCGAUCAUUUAGGCGCUGAAGAAUUUCCUAAACUAGUUGAUGUGCUUAAACUUUAUUUAAUUGGCGUAGCUAAGCAAUGUCGAUAUAAUUCAAUUGAAUAUGUGGCAAACAUGACAUACUUGUGGGACUUGAUUGCAAUAGGUGUAUAUAAAUGCGACAAUGUUGAAAUGAGAAAAAUGUUGGAUUCACUUGAGAUGGUUUCUGAUGAAAUCAAAUUAAUUUUUAUGCACUAUUACGAAGAUCAUUUAAAGUACACUAUUAACUAACCAGAAUGUAUUCCUUUAUUUGUUAAUAUAACGCAUUAUUGCAAUUAAUCGAUUAAAUAAUCAUAAAAAUGUUGAUAAUUGGGCUUCAGAGUUACGAA